CCAAUCGAUCCGGUAAUCAUCGAUUAAACACACGCGCACAGUCCAGUCCACUGAUGUUGUUGGUACUGUGGAAAGUCCAGGGAGUAGAUGAUUAACUGAGCUAUUGCAAUGCUUAUUAGUCGUUAACCCGUUUAAUGUGUAUUUUACCACUUUGGGUGGAUUUAGCAGCCCAGAUUUAGUAUGGCAGCUCUGCGUGCAGCAAAACAAGCUUUGAGGAAAGAAAUCAAGAAGCGAGUGGGUGCAAUGAGUGAUCAAGAGAAACUUCGACAGUCUCGUGUUGUCUCACUAAAGUUAUUCAAACAUCCGAAAUACCUCUCCAGCCAGCGUGUCGCGGUCUUUUUGAGCAUGCACGAUGAAGUCCGCACAGAGGACGUCCUUCAAGACAUCUUCAAUAGAGGAAAAGUGUGCUUCAUCCCCAGAUACUUCAGCAACAGCAAUCAUAUGGACAUGCUACGUUUAAAUGACAUGAAGGACAUAAACAACCUGGCACUCACGUCCUGGAACAUCCGGCAGCCGGGUGAUGAGGAAUGCAGGGAAGAGGCCUUGGCUACAGGAGGACUUGAUCUUAUACUCAUGCCUGGGCUAGGGUUUGACAAGAGCGGAAACAGGCUUGGACGAGGAAAGGGUUUUUAUGACUCGUAUCUGGAGCGCUGCAGGAAGCAGCAGCAUGAAAAGCCGUACACCAUUGCCUUGGCUUUCAAGGAGCAGCUUUGUCCUCAGGUUCCAGUGGACGACCGUGAUGUUCUCAUUGAUGAAGUCCUCUAUGAUGAGGAGGAUUGAACAAAAACACUCAACAUUUAAUUCAAUCAAGUUCAAAUUAAACUGUGGUGUGUGAACACCCUGAUCUGAUGAUGCAAGAGUUGCAACUAUGGCAGCGGAGAAGGUCAUUCUUUGUGCUGUUUUUAAAGAAUUUGUGUUUAAUACUGUAAAAUACGCUCAAUGUUACAGUCACUGCCCUUGUCUAUAAUAAAAGUUCAUACAUGUGUACACAACUUUACUUGGA